AUGGAAGCAAGCUCGUCGAGAGACUCACCUCUUCACUUUCCCGCCUCUCAAACACAACAUCAUCACCCAUACUUCACGCCUACUGAGGUAGACAUCCUUUCGGAGCAGCAACGCGGAAAGAUGUCUAUAACUCAGGAAGACAGAGCAAGGCAGCAGGCGUGCGGAUUCAUUGAGGCAAUUGGUUCACGAGUGGGCUUUCCUCGAAGGACGAUUGCGACGGCACAGAACCUAUAUCAUAGGUUUCAUCUUUUCUUUGCUAGGAAGGACUUCAACUACCAUGACGUCACGCUAGCAGCCCUUUAUGUCUCAACGAAGAUGCAUGACACGCUUAAAAAGCCAAGAGAGCUGCUCAUGGUUUCAUACGCCGUUCGAUUUCCCGAGCAAGCAGCAAAGUCGAAGAGCAUUGCAGGAGAGAUCGACAUGGACCCUGCUGUCGUGGAAGCAGACAGGCAACGGCUCUUGGCAGUUGAAAGACUUAUUCUAGAGACGAUAUGUUUCAAUUUCACGUCUCGAAUGCCGUUCCCAUACGUCAUCAAAAUAGGUCGAGAACUGAAAGCUUCCAAAAAGCUAACCAAGUUCGCAUGGAGACUCACAAUCGACAGCCAACGCACCCUCUCUCCCCUGCAAUUCCCACCACACGUCGUCGCCGUAGCUUGCAUCAACCUCGCCGCUCUUCUCUCUUCAUUCGAAAAAGGGCCGACUCAAGCUCAACCUGGCUGCGCGAGCGACCACCAGAUCGCGGCGAUGCUACGUACGCAUGGGCCUUGGGAGCGCAAAUUCCAAGCUCAAGUCGAGGACCUUGAACUGAUCGCCCACGCGCUCCUUGACCUCCUCAUCGCAGCAGCCCAAAAUCCCUCCGCCUCCGCCUCACCGAGCACACCCUCUUCUCCAUCCGCUUACUCACCUUAUCCACACUCAAGUCGCAACAACGCUCUCAACCCAUCCUCAAACCCACAUAUUCCACCACAACCGAGCCCGUGCCCGUAUAAUUCCGAUCAACUCAUACGGUUGAAGAUAUCGUUGAGGGAGUCAGAACACAAGCCGAGGGAGAGGACUGCGCUGUUUGGUGAUGUUAGAAGCAGCGGCGGCGGCCGUGGGGAGGCGAUGAAGAAGGGAGGAAUGGGAGGAGCUGGGGCAUUGGGCAAGAAUGAGGGUACAGUGAGAUUCUUGUUUGGGCCGAAUGGGGCGUCUUAGUAAAUCUUUGACGUUGCGAGUCGUGAAGAGUGAGUCCAUGUACGAUGAUUGCGCUCUAUCACCAUCUUUUUC